AUGUCUCCGGUUAAUCCUGCCACUCUCGUCAACACUGCGAUCGACGCGCUUCACGUACCUCCCGCCCACCAAGUUCAAACCGUUCAGUCGCAGCCAUCACCAGUGGCCGACGCGCGCCUACACGCUACUAAUCCGCGUGCGCCUGCCCUCGGCGACGGUCUCCACAGUCGCUUCGGCCACGCAGUCUACAAGCUCAUCCCGCGUGCCGUGCCCGAGGCCUCCCAUAGCGCCGCCUUCGCCGCGCUCGGCAUCUUAGUAGGCAUCCUCGCCCUUGCCUCCGCCGCCGGCCUCGCUUUCUUUCUCCGUCGCCGCUACCAUCGCCGAGCUCUGAAUCGCCGUCGCCGCGCUCACCGCGUCACCAUCGACCCAAUCCCAUCUCCAACACCAUUCAUGCGGAAAGCUCCGCCUCACCCACUAAACCUGAGCGACCGCAUCAACAUCGACGUACCCAUCAGCCCGACGACGACCAGUAGCAGCACGAACUUUAAGCUUCCUUUUCAUUCAAGCCAACCCAGCACGCCCGGCAGCGGCGGUCUGGCGCGCUUCUUGCAUGGUGUGCACGGGAGCAUCAGCAGCAUCGGCUUCGGCCCUUCGCGCGACGACGAGGAGCGCGUGAUUGACAUCAGCCGCGCCGUUACGCCCGUCAGCGCUCGCCUGCCGCUCAUGGACUUCACCACCCCGAGCCCGCGCAGCGCGGCGUUCACACUCUCGCGCGCGUCGAGCACAGCCUCGGCCACGACUUUCGGCAACGUCAGCCCAGUCGAUGUGCGCGUGCCGCUCGAUCUCCUAGACGCGUCCCCGCCUCGGAGCGCCUUCAUCGAUAUGAGCGCGGAAGAGCGCGACUUGACGAUGAUGAGCCCGCUGAGCCCUGAGGCGCCCCGGAGCGCAGCGAGCACGGGCACAUUCAUCUCGAGCGUAACGCCGGACCGCAGUCCGCGCACGCCGUACUCUGCUGUAUCUAGCAAGUUUCAGCUUGGGUAUGAUGGAACGGGCACGUUUGGGAGUGGCACGAUGAUGUCGACGAAGUCGGGGAAGUCUACUACGACUACCUCCACCUCCACCACGACAUACACCAGCCCGACGCCCUAUGUCCCGCCGCGCCCACCUCUGCACACCGCAGCGAGCUUCGACUCCUCUCUUAGCGUCAGCUCGACCAAGUCGAGCACCAGCCCGCCGAAGCGUCCUCGGAGGCGCGACACCAAGGACUUCUUGCGCGCGCGGGACGAGUCUGAUGCGCUGCUGUACGCGGCCCUGAAGCGCGAGGCGCGCAAAAACAAGAAGGGGAAAGAAACCAGGGCGGAGUCUUCGGAUGGGGAGAAUGCCAACCCCUUCUUGGACCCGGCCGACCGUGGGCGCUCGCUCCCGCCUGCAUACUCGCCGCCGCACGCCGAUUCGCCUCUGCGCGCGAUGUUCUCUCCCACUGAGCUCUCACAGGCUCGCGCGGAUAUGAAGCUCGCGCCAUCGCUCUCGGCUUCGUCGUCGUUGCGCAGCACAAGCACGAGCUCGACGUCGACUCGUCUUCCGACGCGUUCGAGCAGCUUGAUGAUACCGGGCUCUAGCCGUGGCGCGCCGUUGCCGACGCCCGGCAACAGAGGUCUCGUAUCUCAUCCGAGCAUCAACAGCCUCGCGAGCAGCACCUACUCGCACACGCGAAGCGACAGCGGCCGAAGCACCCGCAGCACCGGGCGCCCUCUUCCUCUUCCUCCCGGCUCCUUCUAA